GCGAUUCUCAACCAUGCUGCUUGCUGUGCGUUCCAUGUUUUGUGUGUUCCAAGUUUCAUCAUUCUCCCGAGGGGCUUGCUCUCCUCGUUUUCGUCACCCUCUUAUCUCAUCUACUUCGUGACAACCAGCUUUUAUCUCAAUUUUCCCAAAGAUGUCUAACUUUCUGAAAGAAGCCGAAGGUGCCCUUGAGGGCCGUUUAAACCAGGGCGGAAUGGGCCAGCAAGGCGGCAUGGGAAGCGGCAUGUGUCAGCCAGGCGGUACGGGCGGCGGUUACGACAACCAGCAAAGUGGUAUGGGCGGUGGCAUGGGCGGUGGCUUCGACCAGUCCAACCAGCAAGGCGGUAUGGGCGGUGGCUUCGACCAGUCCAACCAGCAGGCGGGAAUGGGUGGUGAUUACGGCCAGCAGAGCGGCUUCGACCAGCAGUCGGGAGGUAUGGGCAGUAUGGGCAGUCAGCAAGGCGACAUGGGCCAACAAAGUGGCUCCACCGGCCAGCAGAAGAGCGGUGGCUUCAUGUCCUCCAUGGAGUCAGCGGGCAAGGAUGGCAUGCUGAACAAUGAGAUGAACCAGUUCCUUACCAAGGAAGGCGUCCCUCAAGGAGCCGAUCAAACAAUUGACAAGUACGUCGACCAGGAAGCCAACAAGUUCAUGUGAAACCAGCAGGCGUUGCGACGAAAUGGACGUGAGCCCAGCGUCAACAAGCAAUGUUCAAUGACGAAUGGGCUCGAUAGACCGCCGGGUGCAGAGUUUCAACAGGGCGUCGAAGUCUACUAGAUGGCUACGACGAAGCUUUUACGAACUUCGAGAUCACGUCGUCAUGCAUAAACCUUGCCAUGGCAUCCCCCUUCAGCGUCACCAUCACCUCCUACUCACUCCUCUCCUUGUCCACCGGGAAAAGCACGCAUCCGAGACUAGGUAGCCUUCGUCGGACCGCUCUUCUCGAUGCUGCCUUUGCAAGGCCUAAGCCGAGAUGUGACGGAACCAGUGGGAGUAUACUGUGGUCUUAGACAA